ACCGGGUGGCAGUCUUCCUCACUGUUUCCAAACAGUGUCAACAACUUUUUAUUUUUAAAAUGAUAACAAACUUCAACAUCGGAUUGUUGGGGCAUGUGGACAGUGGGAAAACGACACUAGCCCGUGCUCUUAGUUCCAUAUCGAGCACAGCAGCCUUUGACAAGAAUCCACAGUCCGUUGAACGUGGAAUAACUCUUGAUUUGGGCUUCAGUGCACUUGUUUUGGAUUCACCAAAAGAUGAGAAACUGCAGCUCACAUUUGUGGAUUGUCCCGGCCAUGCAAGUCUCAUUCGCACCAUCAUUGGAGGUGCACAGAUCAUUGACUUGAUGCUGCUCGUGGUGGACGCCCAGAAGGGAAUACAAACGCAGACAGCGGAAUGUUUGGUCAUUGGCGAGCUGCUGGGAAAGAAACUCCUGGUGGUGAUUAACAAAAUCGACACUCUUCCCAAGGAACAGCGGGAAUCCAAGUUGGAGAAACUACGCAGCAGAUUGAAGAAGACUCUGGCGGGCACAUCAUUUGGGGAUCAAGUUCCAAUCUACAGCGUGUCCGCAUUGGAAGGCGACAAUAUUGAGGAACUCCGUGAAGGACUCUCCAACGCCUACUCUGUACCCCAGAGGGAAAUUGAGGCACCUCUGCUCAUGUAUGUGGAUCACUGCUUUGCCAUCAAGGGCCAGGGAACCGUCUGCACGGGCACGGUGAUCCAGGGAACCGUUGCUGUCAACGACAAUGUGGAACUGCCGCUGCUGGGAGAACGACGCAAAGUCAAAUCCAUUCAGAGAUUCAGGCAGCCGGUGGAGAGAGCAUCUCCUGGCGAUCGAAUCGGGCUGUGUGUGACCCAGUUCAAUGCCAAGCUCAUGGAGCGGGGAAUCAUCUCCCAGCCGGGUCACCUGCGACCCGUUUACGCCGUGUGCGUGAAGCUGCAGCCAAUCCGCUACUACAAGCAGACAAUCAAGUCCAGGAGCAAACUACACAUUAGUGUGGGUCAUGACACAGUCAUGGCCAGUCUAACGCUCUUCCGGGAUGAGGGAGCAUCUGCUGAGCUAGACCUCGGCAAGGAGUACGAGUAUGUAGAAGAACUGUCUCCGGCGGAUUUAAAGCCCACGGACAACAUCUUUGCACUGCUGCAGCUGGAAACACCAGUGCUGACUACGUUGGGAACCACUUUAAUUGCCUCCAAGCUGGACAUGGAUGCACACAGCAACAGCUGUCGCCUGGCAUUCUGGGGAAACAUCACGUGGCAGACGCAGAGCGUCAACUACGACAAGGAUUUCUUGCCCCAACUGCGUGUAUUCAAGCGAAAGGAGAAGCAGGGCAAUGUGCAACGUGUGGUUAAUCCGAACGAAAUCAUUGUACAGAAUCUUUUCAAGAAGGACGCCAAUCGUGACAUGUACGUGGGAAAACGAGUCCAUCUGUCAACCGGAGAAACUGGUUGCAUUGAACGCACGUUUGGCCAGACGGCAAAGGUGUGCAUUGUAUUCCGCGAUGGCUUGGAUGCUGCAACGCUAGAACAACUGAAGUCGGAGCACGCCAAGGAUGUGCGCGUGUUGCUGCAAUACAAGAAAUAUGUUUUUAAUAAACAGGCAGGCCUCAUUCAAUGACCUUUCCCCAUAUUAUU